AUGGCUCUACGCGAGUGGUACGCGGAUCGCGAGCUACUGUUAACGGGAGUGACCAGUGAUCUGGGACGGGCUGUCCUAGAAAAGAUUCUUCGUUCGUUUCCCAGCGUGAAGGUGUACACGGUGCUCAGAUCACGACAUGGCCUUGACAAAGAGGACAGAAUCAAAAACAUCUUUAUGUCGCCUCGGUUCGAGCGAAUCAGGCAAGAGGUACCGGACGCGAUUUCUCGCGUAAAAGCGAUGGAGGGUAAUUUAGUAUACGAUGACCUGGGCGUGAUAAAGGAAAACAGGAAACUGUUGCAAAACGUGAGCGCGGUGUUGCACGCGGCAGGGCCGUGCCAAAAACUCCUCGAGUUUUGCCAAAAGUUGCCGCGUCUGGAGGUAAUAGCAGUUGUCUCGAGCGUUUUUGAGCAAGAGGGUGAAAUCGGUGAAUCGAACGAGGAGCACGUAGCGGACGGACCUGUGGCUUUGCUGAAGAUUCCUUUGAUCGGACCAGCUUAUCGUGAACCUAUGCCCGGCUUCGUCGACGUACUUAAAGGGCCAACUGCCCUGAUUGUAGGAGCGGGUUUCGCCCUUGGCAGAUCCGAGCUUCGAGCGGAGAUCAUACCGAUCGAUUUGACGGUCAACAGUCUUAUCCUUGCUGUUUGGGAACGGGCUACCUCGAAAAAGAACGUAAAAGGGGCGGUGGUGUACAACGCAGCGCCCAUAGAGUGCACGUGGGGCGAACUGAUUAAGAAAGGCCGGCGCGGCAACCAGAAGUUUACAUAUCCGACUUUUGGGCUCCGUGGAAUGACGUCUGUAGCGAAGCUGCAUUGGAUUCUGGUGCUGCUGUUUGAAUGGCUGCCAUCCGCAUUCUGCGACACGAUUCUCGGCCAGCUUGGAGCAAAGAAGAGGCUUCUCGAGGAGCAACGGAGAGUUCGUAAUGCACUUCGAUCCCUUGAGUCAAUUUCAUCGAGGUCGUGGUCAGUGGAGAGGAAUCGCCUGUACCAGGUACAGCAACGUCUCAGCCCAGAGGAGCAAGAUGCAUUUCCGGUUGUCACGGAAAUCGACAUCGAGAGUUAUGUUCUGUGCGCGAACGCAGCCGCAAAGAAGUAUUGCGUGGAGGAGAGCAACAUCACCCUCAUGAAAAUUCUUCGAUUGUUGUUCUUCUUUUUCAUCGCCGUUGCUUUUCUCUCGAUGCUUUUAUUUAACAGGUAUCGAACAUCCGAAAUCAUCAAACGACGAGAACUCGAACAACUUUAAUCUACCGAUUUUAAGUCGGUAAAAGGUUAUUUUUUCUUUUUACACAAUUUUUAUAACUCAUGAUAGCUCUAAAUAGUGGAGUAAAUUUUGUUCGCUUCGUGUUAAGAUAUUUAAGGUAAGCGUUUUUAGCGCUAUUGUGAAAAAUACAAUGUGAUGUUGCGAAAAAAGCGUACAAGGUAGGGUUAUUAAUAAUUCAACGUAUUAAGAACAAAGAAAAUUCGGAUAAUGGGGGUUCUACUGUACCUUUUAAUUAACGAUAGAAAUUGCGCUGUACGUAACAUUAGAAAGGGAACACGAUUUCGUUACAUUCCGAGCAUAAAAUUCAAUCCGUUCGUUAGUUAUACAUUCCCGAAAAAACAAAACUAUAUAACGAGUUUAAAGUCGAAAAUUAAACAGAAACUUUCAUGCCGUAUGUACUGGAUUGCAAAAACAGAGAUCCCUAACGAGCUUUGAAAGCUAAAAUCGAAGAGAAAUUUCCACCCUGCACAUUUUAUUCGUUAAAAUAUCGAAGCAAAUCUUCCCUUCCCUCUUUCGGAUGUUCCUUCUCGUUUCACGUGAAAAGAAGGACAUCAUUUACGAACGGAAAUUCACUCGCCCUUUUUCGGAGGCUGGCUACCUAUGUAACCGUAUAAUAACACCCGGAUCUAACGAGUUAAUUUGAAUGCUGCUCUCGACGAGCACGGUCAACGGUAUUGCUUAAACUGCUAGCCGAAUAAUUGGAGGAAAAGUUUGCACAGGGGGAAAGAGCUGCAGCACCGUUUCGUCAACUCUCUUUCCCUCUCUUUGUUUCUUUCUCUCUCUCUCUUUCUCGGUGUGUUUCUUUUUCCUCAUCAAUUCGGUCGUGCCGCUUUAAUUGGUUCUGGUUGACGUUCGCGCAGGCGAGUCGCAUAUAAUUUUCCAACGUGUUUACGGAAGCUUUUGAAUUGCACAAUUUUCAUUAAGCCGGAAAACAGGUGUUCGUCCAUGGCGAAGAGUUGUCGGCGGACGAAACGUGUCCGAGUCAAAAGGCACGCGAACGUUUACGUAAAAUUGGAAAGUGCUUCGAGAUACCUUCGCCGAGAGAGCGUUCUCGUAACAUUUUGUAGCAUGGACCAGAUUUUAAUCUCGAGUCCAUCCACGUCCGCCGUUAUUACCUCCAAUAUCGUGAAACGCGUUGUUUACCUUCCUUCGGAUCGACUCUUUCCCUGUGAUUUUCGCGUCGAUGCAGACUGCGUCGGUUAAAGUUAAUCCUGCUACAGUGCGUAUCAAAAAUUAUCGAACCGGCGCGUAGCGAUAUGACUCGCGGCGAUAUAACGGGAAUCUAUUCGAUGCGCGAUGGUUCGUUCGUUCUGCGAUGUAAACCGAAAAUAUCAUUUUAUAUUUUCAUUGACCUACAUACGCAACAUCGGAUAACACUGUAGGCACGAUGAUCGAUAUCGAAAGGUCGAUGUGUUGGUUUUCAAAAUACCGAAUGUAUAAACAUGGCAGCGGGUGAACGGUGUGCAUGGCAAAUAUUCGUGAGAAUUGUGCAAGACGUCUGUACGCCGAAGAGAAUGAUAUUCUGGUGAAAGUUCGUCGAAGAACAUUUAUUAUACUUGCCUUCGUACGCGGAUAAAAAUACGCGUUAUGCUUACCAUUCUUUCUUUCAACUGAAGCGUAAUUAUGCGUUCCAAUUUCUUGCAUCGUGUUACUCCGAAGAACUGACUUUGUAGAAAUUGUAAGAAAGAUUUUAUAGAAAUCGUUUAGAGGGUAUUAACCUGUUAAUUUUAGCGGACUAACGAGAUUGCAUCAACAAGUAUUAUCAUCGUUAUAGAGUUUGCCACACGAUAAAACUGUCGCGUUUCGUAAACAUUACGUAAAGCGAGAAAAAGUUCGAACUCCCAGAUGUUUGUUAUCGGAAAACUCUAAGCUGGAAAGAUUAAAGUAAACUUUAUAAAAAUUCGCGCUGGGAGAAUAAAAUAAUAUAGUUGAGAGUGAUCAAAAUGAAAGUAUACCGAAACGUAUGUGUGUAAAAUAAGAUCGUAAUCGUGAAAGUAACGAGAACGUAAUCAGGGAGAAAUGUACAUAGCGAUCAUCGUAAAUUAUUCAUAAAGAGAGGUUGUAAAUUGUAUCCAUAAAGUUCUGAAGAUAUUAAAAACGACACGAAAACCAGUUAUUGAA